UAUAUAUAUAUAUAUAUAUAUAUCAUGUAAUGUAGGUGAAUAUGUUACAUAAAUGAUAUUCAAAGAGUCUUUAUUCAAUAAAACAUGACAUGACACAGGGCCUGACAUAAUAUAUUCCAGUCGUCACAUUUCUUGUUGACAAAACUGGGAAUUAUGCCUGUUUUGUUGUUUCCUAAUUUUUUUAAUUUCGGGCACUUCUUAACCUCUCUGAUCGAUAACUACUCAAGUGUUAUAUUUAAGGGAUCACUAAAUUAGAUAAUCUAUAGAGUUUACGAAAACCGAACCUUUCUUACGAUUUAAUUCAAAGGUUUCAAAAGGAAUUUAAUUAGAACUGGGAUCUUACCGUUUCUGUCCCUUUCCACAGUCACACAUUAUAUUUAUUUAUCUGAUACUCUUUAACCUCAAAAGACAAAUUCAAGCUUUGGAAUAACAAAUAAUUUGCCAUCAUGACGGAGUGCUUGGCUUAUAACCCGCAAAAUAACUUUGCGUCAGUUAUUGAAAAUAUUAACAGAGAACUUAGAGAAAAAGGUCACUUAGCUGCAUCAGAUGAUUCUAGAAUGUUGGAUGACACGAGUCCAACAACUCGGGCGUUCGUAGAACACAAGCAGCUGAUGACGGAACUGAGAUCUCAGAACUAUGAUGUCAUCAGGUUUGCUACUUACCGAACUGCCUGUAAAUUACGCUUCAUACAGAAACGGACCAACUGUAAGUGAUUUUUUUUCAUUCUGUAG